GGUUAAAUAAGUCGCCAUUUCCUGGGCUUAUCCUCUUUCUUCAAUACGGUACAUAUAUCCCUGGGGAAGUUUAGAUAGUAUUUGCUUUCCAUUCGUUUACUUUAUGUGCCUGGGAUAGUGGUGAGGAGUGUUCAGGCGACAUUUUCAAAUGCGUGAUCUUGGGCAUAUACGUAUCUAUUGAUAUCGGUUUCAGUAUCGGUCAGUCCGGACACCCAUAAUAACCAGCAGGAUUGUUUCCAUCACAGUUAGCACAUUUAACUUUUUGCUCUGUUAUUUUACCAUCACCCGAAGAUGAACCUGCCGUUUGUGGGCAACACUUCGACUUGUGUUCACACUUGUUGUAUUCGUACAGCCGGCUGCAAUUAGCAGCACCAUGUCCUUGUAUCUUCCCACUUUUUGUAUCAACCCAAGAUAGAAUAAUGAAUCAUAAAGAUUAGCACAGUAUUGAAUUAAGUUUUUUUUUACCAGAAGAUAGUUGAUAACAAGUCUUCUCUCCACCGUGUCUCCACCUCAAAUCAGUUCCAAUCCAUAUUUACGUGGUGACACAUUCUCAGCUGUUUGUGAUAAAUGCAUUUGAAAGUAUUAAAAGUAAUUUUAAUUAUGUUUUAUUUAUGUCUUUUCUUUACAGACGAUUUUGAUGAUUCUGAUUUAGAUAGCUUAGGUGACGGGUUAGAAAAUAGCGCAGAUGUUGAUAAUAACAAUACUGGCGAAGGUCUGACUAAUACGAGUACAAGUAGCGUAGAUUUGAAUAUUAACAAUUAUAACAAUGAAGGUGCUGAAGGCAAUGAUGAUGAAAAUGAGCACGACGAAAGAGUUGAUGAUUUUUGGACAGAAGCGUAUGGCUUUUUAAAUAAUUUUCAAAAUUUGAGAGAAGCUUUGCGAUAUUUGGCAAUUGCUGGUCAUCUUUCCCGCAGUUUCUUAAAUUUGCUCCUGGCAAUAUUAAGAAAGUUUGGCCAUCCUGAACUUCCAAACGAUGCUCGUACGCUCCUAAAAAUUCCCAAAGUAGGCAACGAGAUACAAAAUGUUGUAGGUGGACAUUUUUGGUAUCCUGGGAUUAAGGUUGCCAUUAGAAUUUUUUUCAAAAGGACCAUCCCUGAGGCCAGUGAUUCUAAUCUACAAAUAUGUACCGAUGGGCUUCCACUUUUCAAAAGUAGUUCUACCCAAUUUUGGCCUCUUCUUUUCAAAGUCGAAGAAAUACCUAAUUGUCCAGUAAUGGUUGCAGGCAUAUUUAGCGGCGAAAAAAAACCAGGCAAUUUAGAACAGUUUCUUCGACCUCUCGUGGAAGAAUUGAAUACGUUGCACCUUACUGGUAUGCAGUUUGGUGAACGUACAAUUCGUGUGCGUGUCAAGUGUUUGAUAGCCGAUGCGCCAGCGCGGGCUUUUAAAAAGUCGGUUUUAGGGUUUUCGGGAAAGCACGGAUGUACCAAAUGUACUAUCCUUGGUGAACAUGUUCAACCAGAGGGUAAAGUAAUUUUUGAAGGUGUUUUUGCAACACCUCGUACAGAUAUUAGUUUUCGUGCUAGAGAUGAUAAGCCACAUCAUAAAUCUAUCCGAUCGCCACUGGAAGACGUCGUGGGAUUGGAUAUUAUUAAAGCGUUUCCAGUUGCCGAACGACUUCACCUUCUUGACCGCGGUGGUAGCCGUAAAAUUUUAGAAGGUCUUAUUAAUAAUAAAAUGCUGACAUUUCCAAAGUCGACCAGUGAACAAAAAGCCAUCGUUUCUCGCUUUUUAAUUAAAACCAAACUUCCUUGUGAGAUCCAUCGCCCUUUCCGUUCCCUGAAUUAUCUUCCAUAUUGGAAAGCUACAGAAUUUAGAACUUUCUUACACUAUAUUAGCCCCGUAGUUUACAAGGAUCUUAUGCACAGUGAUGGCUACAAUCAUUAUCUGCUUUAUUUCUGUAGCAUUACUAUAUACUCUGCUUCAACAUAUAACCACUUGCGGCCCCUUGCUCAAAAAAUGCUUCAAAUGUUUGUCUUGGAUUUUCCUACUCAUUAUGGUCGUACCCAUAUGAGUAGUAAUGUGCACAAUCUGCUUCACGUACAUGAAGAUGUUGUUGAGCUUGGACAGCUGGACAACUUCUCGGCAUAUGCCUUUGAAUUUUUUUUUCAAUAUCUUAAGCGUUGUGUUAGAAAGGGAACGAAGUGUUUGGAGCAAGUAGCAGCUAGAUCGAAAUUAUAUGCCUCUAUUAACGUAGCAUCUUUUAGUAAAAAUCAGUAUCCUUGUUUGACUACAGAUGGUUGUGGGUUGCAUGUUUCAGAUAGUUUUGUUUUAAAAUGUAAUUUUAAAGACCAAUGGUUACUAACAACAUCAAAUGAAAUAGUAAAAUUUUUAAGAGUAGAAAAUCUAAACCAAAACUUAACUAUCGUAGGAACUGAGUACCUAAAUAAGGAAAAUUAUUUCAUUGCUAGAAUGGAGGAUGAUGUGUCAGUAGUGGAAGUACAAUCUAGUGCCAUUAACAUUUAUAAUCUAAUUUCCUAUACUCCUUCUAAACCUGUAACCUUAACCCUAGAUAAAAUAAAAUGUAAAUAAGUUCCUCUUAAUUUGCCUCCUUGUCCUCUAGCUUACUUCAAUGUAGAUGAAUUUGUGGACAAUACGCCUCCUUCAGUAUUAUUUAUUCCUUUGUUACAUAGUUUUCUUCAGCAUUAAUCACAUUUUAAUUGUAGUUUAAUUUUUUUUGUUUUAUUCAAUAUUAUUGUUUUCUUUUAUAUGUAGCUUGUGUUCCAUGUUCAGUUAUUUUCUGAUUGUUUGUUACAUAGUCUGCCUUUUAUGAUGAUAUUGAUGGAAGUAAUUUAAUUUAGUUUUAACUUAAAGCUUCUAAUCAAAAAAAAAGAAUGUGACUGCAUAGUUUUGAGAAACUCGCGCGUUUAGUAAUUGUAGUUCGACCAAGUUAAAGCUUAGUCGUAUCCAACAUUUACUCGGUUAGCCUUCGAGAUAAAAUUAAAAUGUAAAUAUUCCAACGAUAGUUUCGUUCCCUCAAUUCUAUGCAGGGGUACGAGGUGGGCCAUCAAUAUCAUCAUAUUAUAUUGGUAAAGGUGGUAAUGGUGAUAAUAUCAUGAUAAUUGGUAGUGGUAAAAUGAUUAUGGUUAAUAUAUCACAUUAAUUUCGCCGCCCUAGUUGUGCAUGUAGGCAACAGUGUCAGUUAUAUGUGCAAGCUGAUGCUCCAGACUAUCCGGAUCCUCAGUACCGUGACCAUUCGUCCCGUGACCAUUCGUACCGUGAUGUAGGCAGUGAGUUGUCAACCAUGGUAAUUACCCAGGAUACACAGUAUCUGAUACCUCAGGCUGGAUUUUAAGCGAUCCGUACACCAGCAUUCGGGUGAGUAGACAGAGACCAAAUGAAUGUUAUUUCCGAUGCCGCCGAUUCUUAGCUUUAGGAUUUGUUUUGCAAUGGUUGCAGGUUUAAUCCGAGUUUCUCUCUCUUUUUUUCUAUUUGUAUCUUCAAAAUAACGGAGGCUAUGUCCCUAAUCCUGAAAUCUUUUGGCGGAAUCCCCGUAUAUAAUGUAAACGUUCUACCGAAGCUUCAGUGUUGCGCUGGCAAUAGAAAGUGUUUACUAGACACCAAACUCCCAAAUUCGUCGUGUCAUGCAUGGACUUGUGAUGUUAAAGGCAACGUUGGCAAUGAUCCUUACAUAGUGUGGGUCAGAAAUGGUUCUUUUGGAAGUGACAAUGAUGAAACCAGAAACUGUAACCGUAUGUUCCUGUCAGUAGUUCUUUGCUACGUUUGUAAGUAUAUAUUUGAUAAACUUGAAUUGUAAUCAUUAGGAACUUAAACUUUUUUUUAUACUGUCUUGAAUUUUAUUCGUAGCUUCGUAGCAGCUGGCUUUCAUGUACUUCCUCUUCAGAAUAUUAUCAGUAUGGUGCAGUUUCAAAAUCAUUCAUCCUUUCAACUCCUCAUCCGUACACCCUCCACUUUUUUCUUAAUUGUUAGGAGGAUGUUUGUGCAAAGGUGCAGAGAUGUCGUUACCCCUCCUUUCCCCUUUCCAGUCCAUGACAUCUUUGGUAGUAGUUCUGAAUCAAUUAUUAUGUUGAGGGCAUUAGUUUUGGUCAACGUUACAUAAAAUAAAGCAUCUUUAGGUGCUCAGCUUGAGUUAGCAAUGAUGAAGAUGACAUAAAAGUAACGAUGAUAACAAAUUCUUGUUAUACACUUGGAAGAGAGUCAGGAAGCAUGCGCAUGAUCUUUAGAACAACAAAAGUGAGUAGAAAUUAAUAUCAGCCUUCUAUCAACAGCAAAAGAGGCUUGAAAUAAUACGCCUUUCUACUUACAGGGCAGGAAACGGAUGAGAUCGAAGAAGCGAAAAGUUGAUAGGAUGUCGAUCGCAUUAAUUUAUGAAGUUAUACGAUACAUGUUUUUGGAAGAAACGCCUAAGCAUUUACAACAAUAAGCAGAUAAGUCAUUUGUAUAAGCUUGAUAUAAUCUAAUUUUAUCGGAACAAUAUUCUCAAGUAAUGGUGGUCAUAAAAUUUCUUAUUAUAUAUCGUCAGGGACAAUCCAGAAUAUAAGUUGUAAACGGACUUACACUUUAAACAUCGUUCGAAGCGAAGAUACAUCUACAAAGAAGGAAUUUAGAUCGUCAAUGGUCUCCGCUGUGCUGAAGGCUGGACUUACUGUGCUGAAGGCUGGAGUACUAAUUGCUGUUGCUGGGCUACCGAUGCCACUGGGAUGGUUCAUAAUCGUCUGUUUCAAUUGCUCCAUUUUCGUGGUCAAUUGAUCCAACUUUUUGUUUUGUGCGGUCAACUGCACUUCAACAUCUGCAAUCAUUUUAUAGAGAAACAGGUACUUCUUGUCUUCCUGUGGCGGUAGCGGCAAGUUGUUAUUAUUUGUAUCCUGCUUCUUGGAAUCCAUCUAUAAUUCGUUUGUAGGGAUUAAAUUAGUAUUUAAUUAUAAAGCGAUUUCAUUUUAAUACGGUUUUACCUUGUAAAAGGAAAAUUAAUCACCAACUUUACAGACAACUUUUAAACGCUAACGUGCCGGAGUAAGUCGAUUUGAAAAUAAACCUUGCCUAUUCAA